AUGAUCGUUUUUAGACUAAUUCAUUUUGUUACUAUAUUAGAAAUUGUUUUAAACCAUCCAAACAACUUAGCAUGGGUCGGUGGACCUAUACAUUCGGAAUGUGAAAACGGCGCAGAUUUUCUUAUCGGAAGCGGACAAUAUAUAAAAGAACAUGUGAUAGUCACUAAAGCUGUUACAUUUAGAGAUAAUAUCUACGUUAUAUCUCCCAGAUUCAAACACGGUAUACUAUCAACUGUGUGGCAGCUAGUGGCAGGGCGACGCGGGCCAGAGUUGCAAGCCUACCCAGAACUCAGCUAUAAUAAAAUUGGAGACUGUAAUGCAAUUCAAAAUGCUGUUGAUGAGCACCUCGACCAUUUGGGUAACUUAUGGAUACUAGAUACCGGUGUUGUAGAGGUUCUAGAAUCGCCGCGAUGCAUGUGUCCACCUAAAGUUGUGGUCAUUAACACCGUGCUGGGGAAAAUAACCAAAUACAUGACUCUAUCAUCGCUGACGGACUUAUCAGUACAAUUACAGAGUAUAGUAGUGGAGUAUGAGUUAGGACUGAGACCUUUUGUAUAUAUAUCAGAUCCUAGAAGAGGUGCAAUUAUUGUCUAUGAUGUCACAUAUAAUGCCGAGUGGUCUGUACUAGCAUGCGCCCCAGUAACUGGUCUACAAUUAGCCCUCAUGAAGAGAGGAGCAAAUACUAUACUAAUUCUAGUCAGACUCCACAAUCAAGGAUUGUUAGAACUAGACACAGCAACGCUACGAAGGAAGAAUUCAAUUGCAGCACUGAGAGUAUUCAGCGAGCAUUCCAAGCGAGUAGUACUCCUUGGAUUCGACAUUCACCACGUUUAUCUGCGACAUGCUGAAUGCGCAGAUGUUCUGUCAUGGGACGCCCGGGAGACGUAUAAUGCAUCUAAUCUCAUCAGCAUUCACUCCCCGGGCCCAAGACUGACUCCCACAUCAGUAACUGCGGACCCCUUGAAGCAGAUUUUAAUAGUCCUCGACUCCAAUUACGGUGACACCGUACAUAGUAACCUAGCUACCUACCAUAGAAUUAGUUAUAUAGGGAAAAUUUAA